AUGCCGACUUACCUUUGCCACGGCUUCCGGUGGCAUCGCCGCGAGAUCCGCAUCUUUGUCAUCCUCAACGACAUCGACGAUGCCGCCCCGGACUGGAUCGUCGGCCGCACAAGCUCGGCUUCCCUGCUGUCCCAGUUCGCGCAGAACUUUGACUUUCUCCCCAAGGAGCCCAUUGCCGUACCAGAAGCCGUUCUGGAGCAUGCGGAUGCGGCGCAGGACCAACCACGGCCACACCGCGAUGACGACCUGUCGGUGCCCCCGUCGCGUGUGCCCCCGUCCGAGGACGACGUGCUGGCCAACGACUGGUCGCCGGUGAAGUUGCUGGAGGAGUACGAUGUGGAGGAAACGCAGAGCGCGAGCCGGCCAUACGCCUUUGUCGCCGACUAUGUCGUCCGCGUGGAUCUCAGCGUCAACGUCGGCGACGAGAUGGCUCGGUACGAGGCGGCCUCGGCGGCCGCCACAAAAGACGACGCGGACGGCUGGUUCGAGAAGCUACGGGACAAGCUGCAGGUCGGGGAGAGGAUAGGGUGGCACAUUGUCGUGUGCGCAGACGAGGAGAGGGUUGCGCCAGAUGAGGGUAGCUCGGAUGAGUACGAUUUCUCGGACGAAGGAGCUGUGACGCCGACCAGGAACCUGAAUCUCCCGAUGAGGCCGGCAGCGGAAGCGCCACCCGGCCGCGAGCAAAGGCCCCCGACGGCAAGCGCAAAAGCUGAAGCCGCCAAGGGCAAGGAAAAGCAAGAAGCCAGCCAGCAGCCCGACUUUCUCCGCAACGACCCCAUCAAGACGAGCCCGCAGCCUGGGCUGCGGCACAAGCUAUCGACGAAGGGACUACGCCGGCUGUUUUCCAAGAAGGACGGAUCAUGA